UAAGUUGUUCACGCUGUGCUAAAAGAACAUGGCGGGCUGGAGCUCGUUGGUUCGCCCAGCCGGGCUUAAACUCUUCAGUUUUUCGUCAAUUCUGCCGAAACAGCCGUUACAAUGUGUACCAGUACGAUGUAUGUCGGAGCAUCGCACGAUGCCACUGACUCCGACCCGUUGGCAGUGGCACAAGACCAAAGAUUUGCUCCACCUGUACACCUUGGUAGGACUUAUACCCAUUGGAAUAAUUAUUUUCUGUGCGAAUGUAUUCGUUGGACCGGCUACGCUUGAGCCAAUUCCGGAAGGAUACACUCCAAAGCACUGGGAAUACUACAGGAGUCCCAUUACUAGAUUCCUGGCUCGUUACGUUUAUCAUUCGCCUCAGCAGGACUAUGAGCUUUAUGCGUUUCACAUGUAUGAACAAACGGAGAUAAUGAAGAUCAAACUGCUUCAAAAGAAAAUUGUAAAGUUAAUCGAAGAACGCGAAGAUUACAAAGCAUUUUACUACAGACCUGCUAUAACCAAGUAUAUUUGGAAUCAAAGACCCAUAUAUACAGAUGCAGACAAAUAUAGGUCUUAAAUCGCUCAUCAAGGUUUACGAAAUUGGGAUUCAGUUUGUUGGAUGGAAUUCUCUGGAUCUAGUAUCCGAGUGUCAAAAAGUGAACAACAGAUGAUACACUUAUCCAACUAAACAAUAGUAAAUAACCAGGCAAUCGUAGAGAGCCCAAGGAAGGCCACCAAGGUGCUUGGAGUUUCCCGAAUCUGCCACGAGGGAGCGGUGGCGUUGCAUGUACUCCAAUUCUAACGAACUUGGCCUUGACUCAUUGUUCAUCGAAAGUACACACCUUCUGAAUAAAAGGCUCAGAGAGAGUCAACGUCAAUGUUA